GACAAAAAAGAAAAAAUGGCGGAUAGCAGGUGCGAGAAAAAUCAUUGCUGAUUUCAAUAAUUCAGGCCAAAGUUAAUGGUAAUUUGGUAAAUACUCUAUACCUUUGAUUCUGAAGAUUCCAUUUACCUACGCAAACAAUCACCAUGAAUUACCAGAAGGUUUACAUGAACCAGAUCUACUCCAGCUCUAUCAUGAGACAGGUGGCUCAGAUGUGGAAGAACCAGCUACUGUGUGAUGCUGUCAUUAAAACUGGCAAUGUUCAAACUAAGGCACACAGGCUGGUGUUGAUAGCAGCUUGUCCUAUGCUUCAACAUAUGGAAAAUGCAUCAGUUGGAUCUCAUUUAGAAGUUCGCCUAAAUGCAGAUAUCAAGCAAAAUUCAGUCAACACCUUUCUUCAGUACUUAUAUGAAGGCUACAUGAUGCUGACAGAAGAAAACUGCAAAGAUGUGGAAAAGAUUGCAAAGCUGCUACAUGCAGACAGUGUAGCAAAAUGCUGCAUCGAUUUUCAGAAAUGUUUGAAUGUCAAAUCUGGCAUAUCAUCAUAUGAAGGUGCUAAUUUUGAGGUUCAAGAUGGUGUUGAAUUCCGCUAUGUGUGUUCCACUAACAUCCAAAAGACAAUUCAAGAAGGUGCAAUGAAAAGAUCUUCAGACAGUGGAGGUAGACCCCCUAGUCCAGGCAGUAAAAGGCCAAGAGUACAUCCAUCUAGUCCAAGUGCAAUAGGCCAGAGGGCAGACGACAGGUACAGCAUGGCUCACAGUUAUACACAAGAUCCAUUUGAACGUGUUCCAAGACUCGGGUCAGGUUUUUCUCAACCAAAACCGCCACCAGGAGUAAUAGAAAUUGUAGAAGAUUCUGUAGAGUUGGUUAAUACUGAACCUCCAGAGAGAGAUGUAGAUGGGUGGCCAAAGAAGUCAGACAGACCACCGGUUCAGAAGAGUAUGUCCAUUGCAGUGUCCAGCCAAGUAAAGGGAGGAGACAGUGACAUACAGAUAAUCAAUGUUUCCAGUUCAGCAGUACCACCACAAAGUAAGCCACCAAGUACGGGAAGAGGGUGGUCUGAUGCAACAAACGAAAGACUUCCCACUACUUUUGACCAUUCACAAUCAACAAGAUCAACUCAAAAACAGCCAUCUUAUGGUACAGAACAGUCCCAGUCACCAAGAACAGAGUUAGAUGGAUCUUUCCAAAGACAGCAGCAGUUCAGCCAGGCAUUACCUAGCAAUAAACAGACACCACCCAGAGCACCACAUCAAGUAUCACACCCUCCACAGUUAAAACACAUGUCAAUGUCUGGUGUCCAAAGCACACAGAAAUCCUUUGCUGCUGGCAGUCCAUCCCAGGCCAGUUUUGCUGCAGGCAGUGCAUCACAAGUUCCCAGUUUUGCAGCUGGUAGUGGGCCACAGACAAGCAGUCCUCAUAUACCUCCCUCUGCAAUGGGCACAGUAUCUAUGAGUCCCAGAAGUGUUUCAGAAUCUUCACAGCCAUUGCCAUCACCCACCAAACCCUCAACAGAUGCCAGCAGACGACAGCAAACUGUUGUGAUUGAUCAGCCUUCAACAGAUAGUCUUCAACAAAGUCAAGAUUCCAUAAUAGAUAGGCAGCAAGAAAAAGACACUGCAGGCCAGAAGUCGAUUGAGAUCCACUCUGAAGAUGUAGAAAGGCUGCUGGCAGCAUCUGAACCUGUCACUUCACAGAGUGAUAAUAUUGGUGGGAAGGCAGGAGAGUCGAGUACAGACUUGACAAUUAUAAAGAUAGAGGAGGAGGAAGACACAGGGGGACUGGACAUGUAUGUUGAUAUUCCGGAGGACAGCAAGCAGCCUGUCCACCAUGAUGGUCCCGAGGAUACGGAAGACACUGGUGAACUGGAAGAUCCUCCAGGGGAAUGGUCAAGGGAUGACUUCUCCAAUGAGAGCAGCAGCAAUCUAGGUGCUGACCCAAAUGUGUCCUGGCAAGAUUCCUUUAAUAAAGGAGGAAUUUCACGAUUAAGCGAAACGUUGCGUCGCAGAGUCAGCAAAUACACUUGCAAGAUCUGUAUGACAACAUUUCAGGAUGGCCCGUCUCUUCUGCACCAUUUAAAGUUCGACGAAAAGAGAAAAUACUGUGAAAUGUGCGAACAUUGUGAUAAGGUGUUCUUUGUACAGGCAACGUAUAAGUACCACUUGCAGGCAAAACAUAAAAUACCGCAGAAUCUUCCGGAAUGCGAUGUGUGCGGGAAAUGUUUUCAGGACAACUACAAUUUGAACCGCCACAUGGUGGUGCACACUGGCGUGAGGAAAUUUCAGUGCAAUCGGUGUUUAAAAACAUUCAAACUGAAAGACAACGCUAGAAAUCAUUUGCGCUUCUGCAGAGUUGUUUUAGAGAAUACAGUGCAACAAGAAAUGCAACUGAAUCAGUCAAAAGAUAAAUAAUAGUGUAGUUACAAGAAUCGUUCUUUUAAAACCCGUCGUCUUUUAUUAAUUUUAUUGAGAUUCUUCGUUUAAUUAUUUGUUAGAGUUUAUUUUUACUGUAUUGAAUUGAAUUUUAGUUCAUUGCCCUUUCAUCUGUAAAAUUUCAGAAAAGUUAUUUACGACUGUAUAUAUGUUAUGAUGUCUUUUAUUUAAUAAAUGUCACUGAAAAGUAUAAUGUAUUGUACUUUUUUACUAUGAGGAGUUAUAUGAUGAACUCGUAGCUUAACUUUCUUGAUUUGUUGUGCUG